AUGCAUGUCAAAACGGCUUUCUCUCUGAUCGCCGGCGCAAUUGCUGCCACUGCGCCGGCCUUGUGCGCCGAGGUGCCUGCCCAGCGUGAGUACAUCGUAGGCCAGCAUGUCUUUGCGAACCAGAUGUACGUCGAAAAGCUGACCCCUGCCGCCGGGGCGACCAAACCACAUCCGAUUGUCUUCAUUCAUGGACAGGCUCAAACAGGCACAAAUUGGCUCAACAAGCCCGAUGGAGGCGAAGGCUGGGCCUCGUACUUCCUCUCGCAAGGAUAUGCGUGCUACAUCAUCGACCAGACUUUCCGCGGCCGCAGUGCCUGGUUCCCGGGUAAUGGGACCCUGAGCACCUACAGCGCCGAGCUGUUGCAGCAGCGCUUCACCGCACCACAGCGAUACAACCUCUGGCCGCAGGCCUCCCUGCACACCCAAUGGAGCGGAACCGGCGUCAUGGGCGACCCCAUCUUCGACGCCUACUAUGCGUCGACCGUCGAGUUUCUCAGUUCCGGAACCUACCAGCAGUCGACCGUCCAGGCCGCCGGCGCCGCCCUGCUCGACCGCAUCGGAUCCCCCGCCAUCCUCCUCUCGCACUCCCAGGGCGGCCUCAUGCCCUGGCUCAUAGCCGAUGUGCGCCCGCACCUCGUCCACUCCAUCGUCUCGAUCGAACCCACUGGCCCGCCUUUCCAGGAGGCCGUGUUCAGCAACUCCUCUGCGCGCCCCUACGGGCUGACCGAUAUUCCGCUCACCUUCCAGCCCGCCGUGACCGACCCGGACACGGAUCUCGUCAAGCAGGUGAUUCCGUCGAAUUCGUCUCUGUACUCCGAUUGCGUGAUCCAGGCCGAUUCGCCCGCCCCGAGACAGCUCGUCAAUCUCGCCCAUGUGCCGGUCCUGGUCGUGACGACCGAGUCGUCGUACCAUGCGCCGUAUGACUGGUGCACCGUCCGGUUCUUGCAGCAGGCGGGCGUGCCGACGAAGCAUCUGAAGCUGGCCGAUAUUGGCAUCCACGGGAACGGGCAUAUGGUGUUCAUGGAGAAGAAUAGUUUGCAGGUUGCAGCUGUUCUGAAGAAGUGGAUAGAGCAGGCGUGA